UGAUUAAUUUGUUGCAGAGGCGAUAACAAUAAUGGAGGAACCAUCAUCCCAGAGAGUCAAAGAAGGCUCGAAAGUGGAGCUGGUGUUCAAGUGCGAAGCUCGAGGAAACAGCAAACUGACCUAUCAGUGGUAUAAAGAUGGUACAGUGUUACAGGGAGAAGAUGAGGGCACACUUGUCUUUAAAUCUGUGACAUUGUUCGACUUUGGCUGGUAUAAGUGUGUUGCUAGUUGUGAAGAUAGUUCUAGCCUUAACGUGAAAUCAUCUCCCGCAGAACUAGAUGUUGUACCUCGUGAUGGAACAGAAUACAAAUGUCUGAAAGAUAUUGACCUCGAUACUCAAGACCGGAUUGAAGACCUUCUCACCCAGAAAAGUUACGGUUCCGAAGGGUGGAGGCAGAUCGCCUUCAAGUAUGAAAUGGAUCAUGUCAAAAUUAGGUCUCUAGAGAACCAUCCUGAAGCUGGCAAAAAAACACUGGAUUACCUUCGUGCAAGCCACCCGGAUCUGACCGUCUACGAUUUUUGCAAGACGCUUAAAGAGCAUAACAUAAGGCGUCUUGACAUUGUCAAAGAAUUACGUGGACACCUUUCAGUUCCCAGUUCAUUCAACAAAUACUUGUAGUUCUGAAAAACUGUUGUCAAUUUGGAGGAAGGCAGAAACCGCACGAAACCUAAAUCCUUUUUCAACGGAGCACAGUGCUAUUCCUUCCAACUAGAGCAGCUGUCUAGUAACCCUUUGUUGUUAAAAUGCCUUAGUAAAUUGAACAGCUUUUUUUUGCAGCUUGUUAACUUAAGCGUAAAACUUGUUUUUAAUACUCCUAGUUAGUCGUUUUGACGAAAUUGACAGCGGUAAGCAUUUAUAGUUGUACAAAUUAAUUGUUCAAAAUAGCAAAAGGAAUUAAUUUUUAUGUUUUUUUUUUAUUAUUAUUAUUAUUUCUUGAUACGUAGGUCACGCUAAAAAGUGACAUAGCAGUUUCUCGCUAGAGUUUUUAGAGUGUUUUUACAAUAAUUUAUGUUAUUACUCGUCGAUUUAGGUGAGUAGUGUUAUUCCAUAGACU